AUGUCUGAUGCCCCGGUAACACAAGGCUCCAAGCCUCCUCCGCGUGGCCGUCGUGCUCGUAAACUACGGGAAUGCUCGAUAUGUGGGAGGACUUUCGCCAAAAACGACCAUCUCGAACGACACAUCCGUUCUCACACUAAAGAGAAACCUUUCAAGUGUACCAUUUGUGGGAGAAAGUAUGGCCGGAACGACACCUUGCUACGACAUCAGAACGACCAUCGAGAGGACGGGUCAACCACUGCCAAGCUGCCCCGUGGCUCCAGUAUUUCAGUCGGCUCAGAACAUCCUCCACAGCCUCCUGUGUCAAACGAUAUGCCGGAAGAGCCUGGGAUGGUGUCCCCUCAGGCCCAGAGUCUAGCCUUAGAUGGUGCGAUAGAUCCAGCCUUGGAUGUGACCUCCCUGAGCUAUGCAACCAACGAGACUGUCUAUCAUGCUAUCCAACCCGACUCGGGUGUUGCGAAAAUGAUGUAUGCAGAUGCAUGCGCCUCCGAUUUGAUAUCAAGCAACUUAGAUCCUGCUAUCGAAGGAUUUGAUUUGGAGGCCCAGUUCCCUUCGUGGCUGGUAGAUGGCGACUUCAGCGCGGAUAUUCUCGACACGCCCCUGGUCAACAGUAUAGCAGAAUUGCGCCCUAGCCGGACUGAAAGCUCCUAUGCUCCAUUUGGCACAACUUGCUACAAGCCAGUGCCUGAUACCAAGCGCCUCUGGUUCACUGCCGGUGAUAAUGGCCAGGAGGGAGCACCCGAGUCAGGACCUGCAACCCCGCCAGCGUCUCAAGUCGAAGUUGACGAUACCUAUCGACAGACGUUACAUCAAAGCCUGCAGAUACGCUCGCAGCAUGAACAGAGCCUCCCGUCGGCUGAUUUCCUCAACCUCUGCGUCAGAUCUUAUUUUGCCCGCUUCCAUCCAGUAUUUCCAGUGGUACAUGCACCAACGUUUCGUCCUUCCCAAGCCAACUCCAUGGUUCUUUUGUCGAUCUGCUCUGUGGGCAGUCUUUUCACUGGCUCAACUCAUGCAAUCCGACAAGGUGUGCAAAUUUUCGAAUGGUUGCACAAAGCAGUGCUGGCAAACUGGGACAGGCUCAUUUCUCGGGGCACUGAUGAAAGAAUUUCUCUCAUCCAAACCGCCAUCAUUGGACAGACUUUCGGCUUGCUUUCAGGCGAGCCGGAACAUCUUGCUAUAGUCGAUACAUUCAAUGGGACUCUUAUCUCCUGGGCACGGCGGUUAGGGACCUUCAAAACCAAGACGCUUUGCGGACUCGAUCUCAACAAUAUAUCAUCGUACGACCUGGACCGAAAGUGGAGGGAGUGGGCGAAGAAUGAAGAACUCAUUCGCAUCGCACUCAGUGUGCACAUCCACGAUGCUGAACUUGCAACCAUCUUCCACCACGAACCAUUCCUACGGCACAAUUCUCGGCAACUUCCCGUCGCCGCUUCCAAGCAGACUUUCAUGGCAGCACGGCCUGAAGACUGGCGCCUGUCUUAUCUCGAUGACCCGAGCAACUUCGAGACUGCUGGCUCGACGCCCGCCUCCGUUGAUGCGCGCGUGGAUUUCGAUAUUCUCGCAAUGCCCAGCAACAGUCACUUCACCGCAUACACGGUCUUGGAUGGCAUAUGUGUAAACAUCAUGGAGAAUCGCAUCAGUGCUUGCGCAUCACCGUCGACUAUGGAGGAGAUAUCCAUGCUCUUGACAACGUUCUACAGACGUUUUCUGCAAGGAACAGCCACAUUGGAAGCGGAUUCGAUGGAUAUGUGCAUUCUCUGGCACUCGGCCUACAUGUCCAUCAGUGCAGAUUUCGACCUGUUAGAAAGAUCAAUUGGGCGCGAAGGAUCCAGUCUUUCGGCUGCCGACCGAGCGACCGUCACAAACUGGGCCAACUCGGACCAGGCGAAGCGAUGCGUGAUCCAUGGAACGAUGGUCCAGAAGAAAGUAGAGAAUCUACCUCUCGGUUCCGAACCUGCGAUCCACGUCCCUCGAGCCAUGUUUAGAGCCGCCAUUGCCUGGUUCUGCUACACCCACUUCGGAGUCGGUGGGGAUGCACCCAGAGGAAUGCUGUUGGGAAGUCUGGAUUUUCCAGAGUUCAAGCUCCUCGAGGUCAACCCUGCCUUAGUACUGUUCCAGGCAAACGGCUACAAACAUGGAAGGCCCACGACAACCGAGAUGAAUGCCGUUCUCUGUGGGCUUACGGACCUCUUGCGGCGGAUCGGUCAUUGGGAGAUAGCCCGUAGGUUUGCCGACAUCCUUGGAGCCUUGUUGUACAACGAAGCUGGUUGA